AUGUCUUUCCAAGACGUACCGCUAUGGGAGUCUGAGGACGAAAGCUUAGAAUUGGAAAGUCAACAACCCCUUAUCUCUCCCAGUACUCAAACACGACCGUCGUCUACCCAAGGUGACGAGCCAAUCUUGAACAAAAGUAUCACUUGGCCUUCUGGGCAAGCUGAUGAUUUCCAAAAGCUCGGUCCCGAUACGCUUCCUGUCCCAGACCCAAAUCAAGGAGAAGGAGAGGGAGAUGAUGGGAUCGAAUUCUUAUCUCAGAGCAGAAGAUCAUUGACUUUAGGUGGACCCAUCGUAGGUUCUCAGUCCAAGGCUGAACCUAGUGUGCUUGACGAGAUUGCAUCUCCCAACAAUUUACCUAAAUUCCCGUCUGCCUACACAACUUAUCAAAGUGGAGAAGGUCCUCAAAUCAAUCCAUCACAAAAAGCAGAACUGGACACCUUGGCUUCGGCUAUCUGCCAGAAUCACUUCUUUUUGCGGAAAAUAUCUGGCGGUACGAUCAGUGAUCUGUCGACAGAAGAGCAAUUUGCAUUUGGGAUCAACAGAUCUAUCGCUGUCGAUAAUCUACCUCAAGAUGAUGAUAUGAAGCGAUGGACAGCAUUCUGGGAGAGUCAAAAAACCGCAUUAGAAGGAUGA